ACCUGCCGGCCUCAACGAAGUCCUUCUCACUACCACAGACAGCCUCCACACCGCCGUGAUCGACGACCACGAUGGCCUCCUCACUAGCUCGCUUAACCUCACUAUCAACGCAAACACUUUCUCUGCUUCUUGAACGUCAACGUCUGCAGUCACUGUCAUCAUCAAUACCUAAUAGCAACGGCGCAACGACCUCGAAUCUUCACAUUCCACAGAUCACAAGAAAUCUAAAGCAGCUUCGGGUGGCAAUACUAGAAGCUGAAGAGAAGGAUCUGACGACUGGUGGAGAAGGUGCCGAAGCUAUCAAGUUGCUGAAGAGUCAGUAUGGGAGGAUGAGGGGUAUGUUGGGCGAGGAGGUAUGCGAGCUCCAGGGUGUGGAAACAUUUCCGGAGACGAAGCCCGAAGUAAAGGUGGAGGUGGAUGAAGUAGUAGUGGAUGAUGGAGACAGAAAGGAGCUUCAGAGGUCGCAGUGGGGUGGAGACGAGGAUCGAGUGUAUACGCCGUAUCAGGACGAACCUGAGGUGGACCCGAGUAUGAUGCUGCAGCAACAACGGGAUAUGAUGAGCGACCAAGACACGCAUCUCGAGAACCUCUCACACUCAAUCACGCGACAACAUCAUUUAUCCCUUCAGAUAAACGAUGAACUCGACACGCACACCGGCCUCUUAGAGGAGCUCGAUACUGACCUCGACCGAACACAUAGUCGCCUUGCCCGUGCGAGGAAGAGCUUGGACAAGGUAGCGAAGGGUGCAAAGAACCACGGCUCGACAGUGACCAUAGCUCUCCUGAUUCUUAUUCUUCUAAUCCUCAUCAUUGUCUUCAAAACAUGACCUACGCUUUCACUGGCCCUGCCGUUCUCUUGGAGCCGCAAGCCUCCACCCUUCUUGUGGCGACUUGGGCUCGAGCCUUGAUGGUCCUCUCUAUCUUCCUCUUCUUCCUCAGAGGGCACUCUUACGCAGCCUAGCUCACGUUUGGCCGUUCUGGUCCCGUUUUUUUUUUCUUUGGUUAUGUAUUGUGCCAGGAUCAUUCUCUGUAGGGUCGUGUACAUCUAUAUUCACGCAUAUUAUUUGGAGGUCGGAUUUCC